CACCACUUAACCAUCUCUCCAAAAUGCCUUCCAACCUCCCCUUCCCCCCAGGAAUCCACGUCCCCAGUCUCACCUUCUUCUCCCCCUCCCCAACUCAAACCCUCAACCUCCCCCUCCAAGAAGCCCACCUCAACUACCUCCUCUCUUCCCCCCUCCACGGCAUCGUCCUCGCCGGCACCAACGGCGAAGCCGCAACCCUCACGCCCUCUGAAAAGUCCCACCUCAUAAAACUCACCCGAUCGAUCGCACACCGCCUGAACCGCCCGAAAACCCCAAUCACAGUGGGCACAUUCGGCGGCAGUACCCACGCUAUCAUUGACGACGCAAAGAGCGCCGCAGAAGCGGGGGCUGACUAUGUGCUUGUCCUCGUGCCGGGGUAUUUCGCGUUCGCGAUGGAUGACGACGCAAUCGUGCAGUUCUUCGAGGAAGUAGCGGACAACGUGCCCGUGCCGGUGGUGGUGUAUAACUUCCCCGGUGUGGUGGGCGGGUUGAAUGUUUCGUCGCAGAUGUUGGAGCGGUUGGGUGAGCAUCGCAAUAUCGUGGCGGUCAAGUUGACGUGUGGGAGUAUUGCGUCGGUGACGAGGACGGCGGCGAGGUUUGGGUCUGCGAGGAGGUUUAUUGCUUCGUCUUCUGGUGGUGGAGAUGGGAAGGGGGAUGAGGAUGUGCCAGGGUUUGUGGCUCUCGCGGGUCAGAGUGAUUGGCUUGUUCCGUGUUUGAGUGUUGGUGGAGCUGGGUGUAUUACGGGACUGGCGAAUUUGUUUCCGAAGACAUGUGUCGAGAUCUACAACCUGUAUACAUCCGGCCAGCGCGACGCAGCGGAACAGCUGCAGCAGAAACUGGCCGUCGCGGAAUGGGGAUUUGCGAAGGGAGGAAUCAACGGGACGAAAUGGGUGGUUGGGAAGUAUCUGGGCUACGACGAGGAGGAUUGUUGGUGUCGGAGGCCGUAUCCAAAGUUUGUGGACGAGGGGAAGAGAGACUGGAUUGUUCGACAGGUGCAGGGGUUGAAGGAGAUCGAGGAGGGGUUGUGAGGGUUUGAAUUGACGAUGGGGCCCUUGGGGCCUUAGCCUUUUUUAGUAAUUUUUUCUUAAUCUUUCUAGGCGUUAUCUUCCUCAGGGGGGUGUACUCCGAC